CCGAUAUCCCAGAUUGAGGGGAAGUGCACCAGAUCCAGCAGCCUCUCGCAGCCCACAACACCUCCGUACGUCACCCUAAUCUCUCCCCCCAUCUUCCCUCUGCACCGGCUCGUCUCCCUUCCCGCCCUUUCUCCCUUGCUCCGACCGCCCAAAGGCAGGCUCCGACAGGCUGCCCCGCAAGGAAACCCCACCCCACGCCACCUUGUCCCACUCGAGGAAAGCCGAAGCCCAGACAGCCCGUGUCAGAAGGCUAGGAAUUCUCGUCCGGCCCGUGUGCUUCGUGGCCAACCUUUACGUUCGUGACCUGGGCUCUCGACGUUCCUUCAUAUCUAUAAGAUCCCACUCCCCUGCCCUCCCCACCACCGCCCAUCAUGCCCUCCCCACGCCUCAUUCAAUCCUCGUCGGCCAUCUUCCGCACCGCCCUUCGUGCCCCUUCCUCCAUCGCUACCACUCGCUCCCGCCCAUUCGCAAUGGCACCCACUGCUUCUUUCUCCUCUUCUUCAAAGGGAGCUGCCGAGGCUUCCACCUCGAUGUCCGCCUUCGGCGAGCGCCACGUCGCCAAGGGAGUCGGACGUCUGACUCAGAAUGUUCUCAAGAAGGGAUCUGGAUCCUAUGUCUGGAACGACGAGGGUCGCAAGAUGCUCGACUUCACUGCCGGCAUCGGAGUCACAUCCCUUGGUCACUGCCACCCCGCCGUCUCUGAGGCUGCCCACGAACAGAUCGACGAGAUUGUUCACGCUCAGUGCGCCAUCGGAUACUCCUCCAAGUACCUCGAGCUCUGCCAGCGUCUGAUCCCCAGGUUUGCCAAGAUUGACCCAAGGCUGGACAGCUUCUUCCUCUGGAACUCUGGAAGCGAGGCCGUCGAGGCUUCGAUCAAGCUGGCUCGUGAGGUGACCGGCAAGAACAAUGUUAUCGUCGUCCAGGGCUCGUACCACGGCAGGACCUACGGAGCCAUGGCUCUGACCAAGAGCAAGACUAUCUACUUUGAGAGGCAAGGUCCCCUCAUGCCUGGUGUCUUCGUUACUUCCUUCCCCUUCUACGCUCAAUUGGGCGUCGCUCCUACUACUCCGGAAGCCGACAUGGUCGAGACUGCUCUCCACCAGCUGAGGCUGCUUCUGGCUCAGCAGACUGCACCCAGCGAGACUGCUGCCAUCCUCCUUGAGCCCGUCAUGGGAGAGGGAGGCUACGUGCCCGCACCACCUGCUUUCCUGCAGGGACUGCGCAAGAUGGCCAGCGACAAUGGUAUCCUCUUGAUCCACGACGAGGUACAGUGCGGUGUGGGAAGGACCGGUGACUUCUGGGCCACCGAGGCUUCUGGCGUUCAGCCCGACAUUCUCAUCUUCGCCAAGGGUAUCGCAAACGGCUUCCCCUUGAGCGGUAUCGUCUCUCGCAAGGAGCUGACCGACAAGCAAAAGCCCGGAACAAUGGGUGGUACCUACGCUGGAAACGCUGUCAGCUGUGCCGCUGCCUGCGCCGUUCUGGAGACGAUGGACAAGGAGCCCAUCUUGGACAAUGUCACCGCGAGGUCUAAGCAGCUGGUGGACUUCCUCGAGGGUCUCAAGAAGAGCUCGCCUGCUGGCCACCUCAUCGAGCAGGUCCGGGGCAGGGGAUUGAUGAUCGGACUGCAGUUCAAGAAGGACCUGAUCAGCGGUGACUCCAACCACACUGCCACCAACAAGGAGUGGCUGGUGGAUGGUCAGAAGAGGGAGCAGCUGGCACCCAAAAUCAGCAAGCGAUGUGCCGAGAAGGGCAUGCUGCUGCUGAGCACCAGUGUCUUCGAUGUGAUCCGAUUCAUCCCCGCCUUGACCAUCUCCGAGGAAGAGAUGAGCGAAGGUCUCAAGAUCUUCCAGGAGGCCUUUGAGGAGGUGGCAAAGGAGAGUGGAUCUAUUUAAUCGAAAGUGUUUUGUUUCGGGUCACCUCACGCUUUCUGCUCUAUAUUGUACUAUAUUCUUCUCCUUUCCAAUCGCAUAAUCCAACUUGUCCUC